AUGGAGAACUUGAAUGAGUCAGUAGUUGAAAUGAAGAAGUUACUCGGUGAUGCGAACAAGAACAAUUUGCCAACGGAGGUAUUGGCUAGGAUGUGGGAGAGUUAUAUUAGAAAUGCCGAAUAUAAUUUGCAAGUCACUGGACAAAUGGAGACUGCUCAAGCAGAAGAAGAGGAGGAAGAAGAAAAACAAGAACAAGAACAAGAACAAGAGGAGGAGAAUGAGAUGUAUAAAGGAAAGAGGUGA